CAUAUUGCCGCAGACCAGGACGCUUCUGAGCAUGCGCACAACCUCGGAGCGCAACUAACUUGUGUCGCAGUCAUCAAAUAAGUUCACUUCAAAAUCAAAUUGCCACGAAAAACAUAAAACGUGAAUGAUUUGAAAAAUCUUUUUUUUUUUAAAGCGCACAAUCAUUGCAAACUCUUGACGCAAUUCUGUUGCUGGGAUACAAGGAAUGUCCUCCCGGCUCCAAACAAGCUUGCAGAGAAAAAAAGGUGGACCAACCAACCCAAAUCGAGUCUAUCUGCAAAUCUGGACGAAAGAAGGCUGAUUUCCGAAUAGUCCUUUGUCCUCCGCUCAAUCAUCAUGUUAUGCGCCUUUGUAGCAGCAUGCCAUUCCCGAAAGCAGUUGGAAUCAACCCGUCCCGUUCAGCCGCGCUGCAAAAUAAGUCCAGCAAAUGCGGAACGCGCGCGACGGUUUUCUCCGUCAACGGAGACGAAUACACCGGCGAGUGGCUCAACGACAAGAAGCACGGGAGGGGCAUUCAGGUGUGGAAGAAGUCCGGGACCCUUUACAAUGGCGAGUGGAAGAUGGGAAAACGCCACGGAUACGGCACCUGCAGUGUACUCGGAGCGAACGCCCAAAAGUACUGCGGUCAAUGGAUUAACGGGAAGAAGCAUGGUCACGGUAUUUACUUUUACGACAAUUGCGCGACGUACGAGGGCCAGUGGAGCGAGGGCCAGCGGAGCGGUUGGGGGACGAUGUUCUUUGACGACGGCGACGUCUACGAGGGAGAGUGGAUGAAGGAUAAGGAGCAUGGACUCGGCAUCCGUCGCUAUGCAAACGGCAACUGGUACGAAGGUUCCUGGAGAGAGGGCAAGAAAAGCGGCAUGGGGAAAUUGUUCUACUGUGACAAAGGGCAGCUGUACCGGGGCCUCUGGGUGCGAGGGGAACCCAGAUGCGGGACCGUGGAGGACUUGCGGCCCGCAAACUCUCCCAUUCCACAGGUCAAACUAGUGGAUGUGCAGAUGGUUCUGCAAGAAGCCCAGCGGGCUCACUUUGAUUGUUGAGGUCUGAAAGAAACUUUGGUUCCAAAACAAAUUCAACUCAUUUGUAUGAUUUUCCUAAGAGGCACUGGAGCGGCUGCUUUAUUUUUCCCGGUGCUCAAAAUCAGCCGGAAGACAUUUCCAGUCGCUUGGACACACCAACACUAUCAGACUGUUACACAUUUGGAGGGAAAAAAAAAAGUCCAGUGUAAAAAGUGGCGCUGACCCCAAGUGGUAGAGGUCCCUUUUUUCUUUUGGGCCCAUCGAGCCAGAUGAGAUGUACAAAUAAAACAGUCAUCAAAACGACAAUAAAGUCCAAGUGCAAUUUAAAACCGAUUCAUUAUCACGCCUAAUUGAAAAGCAGCAGGCAAGAGUUCGUUCCAGUGAUUUAGGAGAAAAGAACCCCAAAAAAAAUCACAGUUAAGACUUGAAAUUUCAAGUUUGGGGUAAUCUGCCAAUUCAAGAUUCUUCAAAUGAGGUCCGUCACAACACAGCCGAGAGCUCAUGAAGGAAAGGCGCCGUCCGUCUUUCUCAA